AUGGGCGGAGUUGCGUCCAUACCGACCGAUCCUUCUCGGAAGGUUCAGGUCAUAUCUGCCGGCUACUCGAGAACCGGCACUGUGUCCAUGUCCAUGGCAUUGGAAAAGCUGGUAGAUGGUCCCGUUCUUCAUGGCGGAACUCAGAUCCUGGUGCGCGAUGAUGACUACUGCAGCACAUGGAUCAAAGCCUACGAGGCGAGAGAGGCCGGGAACAAGGAGGAGACCUUGAAGCUAGUUCGGAAAGCUACGGCCGGCUUCGUGGCGACCGCCGACCUGCCCCCCUCCGACUUCAUCCCCGAGAUGAUGGAGGUAUACCCCGACGCAAAAGUGGUAUUGGUCCGGCGGGAUCCGGAGAAGUGGUGGAACAGCGUCGCGACCCUCACCAGUCGGACCACUCCCUCGUGGCUGGGUCUCGUAGUUGCGCCCAUUCCGGGAUGGCGCUACAUACCCACUUUUGCAAGUGUAUACAGCCGCUCCACUUUGCGGCUCGCAGGCGUGAACGAGAAGAAUGCCAGCCCAGCUGAUCUGAUCAAGCGCGGCGGUCCGCACAUCCUGGAAGCGCACCACGAGAAAGUGAGGUCCGCCGUUCCCAAGGGACAGUUACUGGAAAUGGAUCUGAAGGACGGCUGGGGCCCACUCUGCCAAUUCCUUGGCGUGCCUAUUCCCGACGAGCCCUUCCCACGAGCGAACGACGGCGCCGCCGCAGAUGCCUACGCUACAAAGGUUUUGCUCCGGGUUGCGCAGGUCUGGCUCGGUAUCUUCUCUGUAGCUGGAGGUGCAGUCUACGGAAGUAUCUGGUUAUGGAAAAAUUACGUGUCUUAG